UUCGCUGGAUGUCUGAUAAUCAUCAUCCUCCUGGAGCUGUCAGUGGGUAUAGCAGCAGCGGCUCUGCGUCCCCAAAUCGAAAGCUCCAUGAAGAAGCAGCUGAGGGCCUCCUUCAUCAAGAACAAGUCGAUCAGGGAGGAGGAUUCUUAUUACAGAACCUUCUGGGACCGCAUUCAGAGCAACAUGGAAUGCUGCGGCAUCAACGGCCCCGACAACUACGGCGCUCAAGAGCCCCGCGUCAACCCUCCCUACAGCUGUUGCCCUCCCGACUCGUCCGACCGCGCUGAGGAGAUUAAGCGCUCCGACUGCCUCUCUGGAACCAACUACUACAAGGAGGGGUGUGAGGACAAAGUGCUGACCACCAUCCAUAGCGCGGGGUUGACUGUGAUCGUCUGCGGCAUUCUCUUCUGCUUCUUGGAGGUCGCCGGUAUCGUGCUAGCUCUAUGGCUGGCCCACGCCAUCAAGACGCAAGGCAAGAGUCGAGAGACAGCCUAGACGCACCAACUCCACCAUUCUGCACUAGCUUUAAGGUAUUUUUACUUACUGAACUCUGAACCGACGCAUUUGUACUUUUAUUUUAAGGUCAACUACC